AUGUUAAAUACGCAGAGGAAUACUAUUUAUGCACGGGUUGAUUCUGCUCUACGCAAAAUCCGUGAAACCUCAGAGGCAGUACAAAACUUUGCAUCUGAAUACCUCAAGACUCCACUUGGAGAGCCCGUGAAAGAUAAAAAGAACAAAACCAAAACGGAGCUAUGGGUGGAGAAGUUCUACAAAAAGACAACCACAUUGCCGGAGCCUUUCCCACACGAGCUAGUUGAAAGAGUGGAGAAAUAUCUAGACACUGUAGAAGAACAACUGGUGGAUCUAUCUUCUUUGUUAUACGACCACAAGCUAUACGAUGCACAUCUCAACAGCUCAGAGAUUCUUCAAACCACUAUGUUUACACAACAGUACGUAGAACAUGUAUUGGAAACAGAAAGGGAGAACAUGAGAUGCUGUAAGAUUGAGUACAAAUACACAGUUGGAGUAAAGUCUUAUCAAACGUUGGUGUAUGGAGGAAUACUUGUAGCUGGUUUUUUGGUAUAUUUUCUCGUCAUUUUCUUCUCUUCUCCUCCUUCUCGCUAACUUAUUUACUCGGUCUCAUAGAUUCUUGCUUAAGAGAUGUAUUUUUGUAAGAUAGUAACUUCUUGGUUACUUAAUAAUUUUUGUUUAUUUUAUUGACUUGACUAA